AUGCAUUUCCCUUGUUCAGCAUUGUUACUGACAAUUCUACAACUUUUCAUUCUCAUCAGAUCAUCCGCUGCCCAGUCGACUUACUGGCUCGCGAACAAGCCGGCUCGGGGCAAAAUCGCCUUUCAAGAUCCAACCUACCCGGUGUUUCGAAACGUCAAGGACUAUGGCGCCGUUGGAGAUGGCAGCCGUGACGACAGCGACGCCAUCAACCGGGCCAUUUCGGCUCCAGGAUCGCUGAGCAACAUCGAGAAGCGACUCGAUGGCCGCUGUGGCGGUGGCAAUUCAACUUUCGGGUCGUUCUGCCAGUCGUCAACCAUCACGCCGGCGCUCGUGUACUUCCCGCCGGGCAUCUACAACGUGUCGAAACCCUUGAUCAUGUACUAUGCCACGCAGAUGGUCGGUGAUGCAGUCACGCCGCCUACCAUCCGAGUUGCGUCGAAUUUCACGAACCUCAUCGGUCUCUCUGUCUUCGACGCCGACAUUUACAUUCCCAGCGGAAGCGGCGCGGAGUGGUAUGCCAACCAGAACAACUUCUUCCGGCAGAUGCGCAACUUCAUCAUCGACAUGACAAGCGCGCCCUUGACGGCGGCCGGGAUCCAUUGGCAAGUUGCCCAGGCGACGAGUCUGCAGAACAUUGUGAUCAACAUGGUGCCCAAGGACGUGGUAAACAACGCGCAACAAGGCAUCUACAUGGAGAACGGCUCCGGCGGCUUCUUUUCGGAUAUGACCAUCACCGGCGGUGCUAUCGGGGCCUAUCUCGGAAACCAGCAGUUCACCACGCGCAAGAUCCGCUUCGACGGCUGCAAGACUGCGAUCAAGAUGAACUUUGACUGGGUGUGGCUGUUCACGCAGAUCAGCAUCACGAAUUCCGAUAUCGGCAUCGACAUGACGAGCGGCGGCUUCUCCAACCUGGCCGUUGGGUCGCUCGUGCUGAUCGACAGCACGAUCUCAGCCACGCAGGGCAUCACCACACCGUAUGUGCCAGGCUACAGCUCGCCCCAGGCGGCCGGGACCAUGGUGCUGGAAAAGGUCGACUUCACCGGCAGUGAAAUCGCCAUUUCCGCUGCAGGUGGCACCCAAGCACGGACGAUCCUCGCGGGCCAACAGUUUGUCGAGCUCUGGGCUCAGGGAAAUGCCUGGACCACCGCCGGUGCGGCGCUGAAUGGACAGUAUUUCAACGGCACCACCUGCACGUACCAGAAUGCCAGCCAGACCGCGUACACGGCCCAGGAAACCACGAUCCAAAGAGCGCUGGCACCCAUCCCGCGGCCGUCGGUGCUGACGGACAGCAACGGACAGUACAUCUACCGAGUCAAGCCGCAGUAUGAAAACCUCGAUUGGAACACCAACUUUCUGAGUGCAAAGGCAAAUGGUCUGGUUGGCGAUGGGACAGCAGAUGACACGGUCGCCAUGCAAGCCCUCUUCGACCUCGCCGCCCUGACAGGCAAGGUCGUCUACUUCGACAAAGGCGCCUACAUUGUCACCUCGACCAUCAACGUCCCCAAGGAUCUGAAAAUCACGGGCGAACUGCUCUCCAUCAUCAUGGCCACGGGACCGUACUUUGGAGACGAGUUCAAUCCCAAGCCCGUGUGGAAGAUCGGCAACCCGGGCGAGUCAGGCACUGUCGAAAUAUCCGAUGUCAUCUUCGAGACAAGGGGCCCUUGCCCGGGCGCCAUCAUCAUCGAGUGGAACAUCAAAGCUGCCGGCCCAGCGCUGGCGGGCAUGUGGGACGCCCACUGGCGCAUUGGGGGCACGGCAGGCACGAACCUCCAGCAGGACAAGUGUCUCAAGACGCCGGCCACGCCCAUUGCCGGGAAUAACCCUGUGCUGACGCAGUGUCUGGGUGCGUUUCUGUUGCUGCACGUCACGCCCCAGGCCGACGGGUACUUUGAAAACACUUGGGGCUGGGUGGCGGACCACGAGCUAGACCUGGACGAUCGCCAGCAGAUCUACAUCUUCAACAAAGGCGGCUUCCUGAUCGAAUCAGCCGAAGGCCCCGUCUGGCUGUACGGUACGGCCGCCGAACACUCGGUCAUGUACGACUACCAAUUCGUCAAUGCCAAAAACGUCUUCAUGGGCCACAUCCAACACGAGACGGCGUAUUUCCAGGGAAACCCGAACGCGCUGGUGCCCUUCACGCCGCAAGCCAGCUGGCACGACCCGGACUUUAGUGACUGCACCAAGGCAAACUGCGCGCGCACGUGGGCCGUCCGAUUCGUCAAUUCCAGCAGCAUCUUCACGUACGGCGGCGGGUUGUACAACUUCUUUGAGAAUUGGAACACGCAGGCUUGCUUGGGCACGGAGAGCUGUCAGGAACGAAUGGUGGAUUUCCGGAACAGCACGGAUAUAUAUCUAUGGGCGCUGAGCACCAAGGGGAGUCAAUACAUGGUGAGCUACGAAGGGACAAGUGUGGUGCCUUAUAGUGUGAACCGGGCCAACUUUUGUGAGACGGUUGCGUUGUUUGAGUUGGCAAGUGAGCAGUGA